AUGGCACUGCUGGAUUCGCGUGCUGCCUUGGAUGCAGAAGACGAGGAGCACAUAGAUAUGCCUAGCCCUUUGCAGCGUUGCCAGCAUCCUUCAGUCACAAAGUGCAUUCGACAGGACGGCGCCACUCCGCUGCACUACGCUGCGAUUUCCGGCGACCUCGACGUGUUCAAGGCCUUGAUCCUGGCCGGCGCCGACGCUUCGCUCAGGGACACAGCGCAGAGAACGGCCCUGGACUAUCUCCCGGCGCACAUCAAGAAGGACCCAGACCUCUUGAAAAGCUGGAGAGCAGUUCUGCGAAACGAGCUUCCCUACGGAGUCUGA